AAAAACUUGAAACUGCUAAAACGUUGUGCGCCUCAUGAAGUGGAAGCUCUUGAUCUCGACUUUAGCGUUAUCAUUGACGAUUUGGGCUUAUCAAAGAAAGUGGAGCUAAAAAAGGAUGGAACUAACAUCAAAGUGACAGCUGAUAACAGAAUGGAAUAUAUCCAGUUAUACGUCAAUUACUUUCUUUCGAAGCGUCUUGCUCCGAUGACAGCGGCGUUUCGAAACGGGCUAAGAAAUGUACUUGAUUUGGAUUGGCUACGGAUGUUCUCACCGCUGGAACUUUCGAUGCUGAUUGGUGGCGUCGAUCUCGAGAUUGAUUUCAAUGAGCUCAAGAAAUUUACCACUGUACAUAAUAUCAAAUCGGAACAUGAUCAACAUUACAUGGAUUUGUUCUGGCUGGUAAUCAAUGAAUUUUCGCCAAUCGACAAAAAGAAAUUUCUUAAAUUCAUAACUGGCUGUCCACGACCACCAAUUAUGGGUUUUAAGACGCUGACCCCGCCGAUGGGGAUCCAACUUGUGCACGAUGUUGACAAAUUGCCAACAGCUGCCACGUGUAUGAAUUUACUGAAACUACCGCUGUACCAGGAUACCGAUACAUUGCGGCGUAAACUGGCUUAUGCAAUUAGCGCCAAUGCAGGAUUCGAGCUAUCCUGA